AAAAGGACGGACUCACCAACCGGAACCGCCAUUGUUGUUCCGCGAAGCAGACGAAAGAAACGGCAACUUGCCUGUCCUCUGUUUAUCAACAAUGUCAGUGAAAUUGAAUGCGCUAAGUAGCGACUCUUACAUUGAUUUCAGUAAUUACAGAGACCAACAUUUUAAGGGUAAGUGCCACGAACAGGAGAAGCUACUGGAGUCGAGUCACACUUUGUAUGUGGGGAACCUUUCCUUUUACACGACAGAGGAGCAGGUACAUGAGCUCUUUUCUAAAAGUGGAGAUGUGAAGCGCAUCAUCAUUGGUCUGGAUAAAGUCAAGAAGACAGCAUGCGGCUUCUGCUUUGUCGAAUACUAUACAAGGGCAGAUGCAGAACAUGCGAUGCGCUUCAUUAAUGGCACGAGGCUCGAUGACCGUAUGAUUAGGACUGACUGGGACACCGGCUUCAAGGAAGGACGACAGUAUGGUCGUGGCAAGUCUGGAGGACAGGUGAGAGAUGAGUACAGGCAGGACUACGACCCAGCCAGAGGUGGCUAUGGAAAGUUGGCUCAGCAGCACAGAGUUUAAGACGGCCACAAUAGCUAUUAAAGGGAGUCUGUCUUGGUGACACAAUACUUUCGCCCUGGACCAGUUUGUUCCGCCCCCAACACUGCCAUUAUGUGUUGAAGUAACCACAUAUUCAAUACAAAUUUUGAAAGAAUUAAUAGCAGGUGGGUACUAACGACUGGACCCUUGAUAAGUGGUAUUUAUUGUUUUGACAGACUGUCUCUGUGACAUGGAGGAUAUCAGUCAUAUUCAUUGUGUUUUUUUUCCCUUAAAGUUGUCAUUGCUAUGUACACACAUGGAGCGGUAGCUUUAAUAAGAUGGAGUCUUUUGUGUCAUCUCCGCUUCGUAUAGUUGCAGAGGUAACAGAAAGAAAACUUAUUGCAUGUUUUUUUUUUUUUUUUUUACUUUAUUUUAUUUUUUACCAAUUAACAUGAAUCAAACAUGCCCCAAAUUCUGUUUUUAAAUAAAGUUAUAUAUUUCUA